GGGGCCCAGUCCGAUCGCAGAAGUGAUCCCGAGGUGUUCAUCGAUAGUCGCGCUUGCCCGGUUUUCACGCGUAUAAAUUUCGCCUCGUCGUCGCCUCAGGCCUCGUCGUCCAUCCCCCUCUGUUGCUGCUGCUGCGUGAAACAGAAGCGAUGCCGAUGACGCGGCACUGAAGUCGUUGAGAGGUGACUGGAAGACCUACUCGCGGCUCCGCGGAAUCACCAUCGAGGUAUCCAGACGGGUCACACACCGAGGAUCAUGAAAAUGGUGCUGUCUCAACGUCAGAGGGAGGAGCUAAAUAAGGCGAUUGCGGACUAUCUUAGCACUAAUGGCUAUCAAGAUGCACUGGAGGCAUUUAAAAAGGAAGCCGAUAUGCCAGGAGAAGUGGAGAGGAAGUACGGCGGUCUUUUGGAAAAGAAGUGGACCUCGGUCAUACGAUUGCAGAAGAAGGUAAUGGAAUUGGAAUCUAAACUCUCCGAAGCUGAAAAAGAAUUUAUAGAAGGCGCACCGACGCGUGGUAAGAGAUCACCGUCCGAAUGGAUACCGAGGCCGCCGGAAAAGUUCAGUUUGACCGGACACAGAGCCCCCAUUAAUAGAGUUAUUUUCCAUCCUGUUUUUAGUCUCAUAGUAUCAGCCAGCGAAGAUGCCACCAUUAAGGUAUGGGACUUCGAGAGCGGCGACUUUGAGAGAACGCUAAAAGGUCACACCGACAGCGUACAAGACAUCGCGUUCGAUGCCUCGGGCAAAUUGCUCGCCUCCUGUAGCGCGGACAUGUCCAUCAAAUUGUGGGAUUUCCACCAGUCGUUCGCCUGCGUCAAGACCAUGCACGGCCACGAUCAUAACGUCAACUCGGUCGCGUUUGUGCCACAGGGUGACUUCGUAGUGAGCGCCUCUAGGGAUAAGACUAUCAAGAUCUGGGAAGUAGCGACCGGUUACUGCGUGAAGACGCUCACCGGGCAUAGAGAAUGGGUGAGAAUGGCACGAGUUAGCCCAUGUGGCGAGCUCAUCGCUAGCUGCUCAAACGAUCAGACUGUACGAGUGUGGCACGUAGCCACGAAAGAGACAAAGGUCGAGUUUAGAGAACACGAACAUGUAGUCGAAUGCAUUGCAUGGGCGCCGGAAAGCGCGAGAGCGUCGAUUAACGCGGCAGCCGGAGCGGAUAACAAGGGCGCGCACGAGGGACCUUUCCUCGCGUCCGGCUCUCGGGAUAAAACGAUUCGCGUAUGGGACGUCGCCGCCGGAGUGUGUCUCUUCACUCUCAUUGGACACGACAACUGGGUGCGAUGCAUCGUCUUCCAUCCUGGUGGCAAGUUUAUCGUCAGCGCGUCCGACGAUAAAACGCUGCGAGUCUGGGAUACGCGCAACAAACGAGUGAUGAAGACCCUUGAAGCGCACGUUCACUUCUGCACUUCUGUCGAUUUCCACAAAAAUCAUCCUUACGUUGUCACCGGGAGCGUUGAUCAAACGGUGAAGAUCUGGGAGUGCCGCUAGUCACCGAAUUUUAGAUUUUCCGUCAGACAUCGCGAACGGAAGAGAACGGGAGUAUGAAAAUGAGAGAAAAGACGAACACGCGUCCAUUUUAAUGGAAUCGGCCGAAAGAGUAAGCUGCUACAAAAGCUAUCGUACAUAUGCUAUUAAUAUUAAUAUUAUUAUUAUUAUACAUAAACCACACACAUAAACACGUAUGAUUAAGAACUCUUUAAUUAAUUUAUAAUAAAGUAUAAUUAGUGAUUAUAUUACAAUACAUCGUUUUACGGCAAUGAACUGCACUAUUCGAGGAGAGUGAAUCGAGAGACAGUCGUAAGGGUCAAAUGAUCGAGAGGACGCUCCCACGAGUUCGCAUUACGGAUUAUCUACGAACGCGGAAUAGAUGGAGAGAGGGGAAAGGGAGGGGGGUAUUAAUGCCAUAUACAAUUACAAGAGUUAUAUUCCUUUAGACAGUUGUGCAAUUAUAGUGCAUUAUUUUGUACAUAAUACGUGUCUUUAAGCAGCGCGAAAUUCGAUGUCGAUGACGAGUAUAACUCCUUUUUUUAUUUUCUCUUAUCCUCUCUUCGCAAUCCUGUGCUUAUACAAUGUAUCUGUUAAAGUAUUACAACUGAUCACACAUACAUGAAAAAGGAAAAAGAGAGAAGAUCGUCCUCCUCGAUUAUGAUCUUGCGUAAGAGAAAUUGAAUCUCUUCAGUCCUCUAUUGACGGUGGCAAAAAUUUCGGCUGUGGUGUCCAUCUUCGCGCAAACUAUGUACACGACGGUCAUUAAAUUCGUUGUCAUUUAUAUUCGCGCGCUCUCCUCGAGAGUUCUUCUAGAAAGAAUAAAGAACGAAAAAAAUGCUCCGCUCCUUCUUUACUCAUAUAUGAAUAUAUAUAUAAAUAUAUAUACACAAAUAUAUAAACAUAUUACACGCAUAGACGCGUAUUGCUUUGUAUUAUGCAAAGUACUGAGCGUCAAUGGUCUCGUCUAAUGUCAACUCGCGCGUGUAUUUGGAUAGAUAUUGAGUUGUUAUAUAUCAUAUGUCUGCCGCAUUGAUAAAAAUUUAUUUUACGGGACACACGUAAUGUGUAACGUCGCAAAUAAAAUGACAAUGGUAUAGAUAAAAAAAAAACAGUAUGCCAAAAAAUUCUGUCUCUCAAUCGGAUAAAUAAAUAUAUUGUUACAUGUCUAAAUGUAUAAAUCAGAUUCUUUUUUUCAUCGAAAUGCGUGUCCCCGCAAUGUGAAUUCCAUUAUACAUUACAUACAUUUACGUAUAAUCGAAUCUCAUAAAGACAAAAGAUGUCAAAUCGAUGAAUUUUACAAACGUACAUAUAUGCACUUAAUAUUUAUUUAUUUUCUCAAAUGAAACAUACACUUGAAGAAAAUCGAGAGAUUCUUAUCUAAUGAGACUUGAAGAAUAAUCGAGACGAAAAAUGGCGACAAUGAAAAAUAGACUUGUGUACUCGUGUACGUCCAAAUUCACUGUGUAUUAUUAAUAAUGUUACAAUAGACGCACAGCCGAAUUUAGAGAGUGCAACAAUUGAAAUUUAAAAAUGUUCAAAUAAAACGAAGAGAAGAGAUGGAAAAUGAUUUAAUGCAACGCAUAAUGCAUCUAAAAGUUUGGCAGCAUAUAGUUCAUUGCGUGGAUCCCAAGUGAAGAAAGAGGUGUGUAUUGGUACUAGUUGUAUCUUUUAGUUUUAACUAUUAUUAGUGAUAGCGCGCAGACAUAAUUUAGACGGUAGAAGGAAAAUAAGAGAAUAAACUUCAGAGAAAUACAAAGUUAACGAUUGAUUGACCACACACACAUACAAACACACAUGCGUCCAAUGUUCAGGCAAUCGAUAAAAAGGAAUAAUCACACACGUGUAUGAAAAAUACGUGUAAAUUAUUAAUCGAUAAUCGCUUAAUUAAGAUUGAUUUUUCAAACAUUUAUUAAUCGUCUUUUCCUACUGUUUCUCCCAUGUUCGGCCUUCAGGGCCGAAUAUAAAACAAAUACAAACCCCUGAGAAGAGAUACCUCCUCAAUUAAUGUGGUACUAAAUUAUUUUGAUGAAUAAUAAACAGAGUUGUCACUAUAAGUUGUGUGAGAUCGUAUGUUACAUAUCAUCACCUAUGAUUCGCAUACUGGUUCUUAAAGCCGGCAUUUCUUUUUCCGACAUUGCAGAUUUCUCGUAUUAAUCUGCGUAUAUUAAUCGAAUGCGUAAUAUUUCUGUUAAUUUUCGGCUAGAAUUUCUGUAGUUCUCAUCGAGCAGUAGAUUUAAGAAUUUUCCCAACUUUGCAAUACAUAUUAAUCUACACGCAUGACAGUAUUUUAUAUAGUAUAAUAGGACAAAAAUUAUUAGAGCAAUGUAGUAUUGUAAGUUAAACGCAUACCAAACAUCUAUUGUGCGUGUUUAUACGUAGAGAUGAUGUAAUUUAAAAAAAUUAUGUGUAGCUGUCGCGCCUUUCAUAAGAUUCAUGAUAGCUUCUGUGACUUGCUUUCUACCUGCUUGGGAAAUGAUACCAACAAGUAGAUUUAUAAUAAAGUUCCCUUCGUCAUUUGUGAUAUA